AUGCCGUUACGAUCGUUGAAUUUCCCAUUCCUUAAUCGUAAUAACCAACAAAACAACAACAAUCCAAACCAGUCUUGUUCGUCUAACGCGGUAAGUAAAAUAUUUAGAGGUAGGAUGUGUUACAAUAAUUAAUAACGUAUGGUUAAGUACUAGAAAGAUGGUAGGAAGCGCGGAGGGGGGGAGGGGGGGAUAGGGGGAGGGGGUGAUUUGUGUGAAAUAAGGUUCUGGGUAAAAAAAUGUACGGUUACAUUAUUAAGCUGCUUAGUCUUUCUUUCUUUUCACAUUAAACGCUAAUGAGAUUUGCAGUAAAUAAAUUUGAGUGUGCCGUGUCUUAAAAUGCGGUUGUUAACUCUAUAUUCUAAGCAUUAUAUGGUUGAAAAAAGUACGCGUUUGAUUCGCGUACAGUUAUAUAUUUUUACAACCUUAGUUUAAGUAGCAAUACGUUUAUAAGAACAGUAUGUUUAGAUGGGUGGCACGGAAAGCAAAGGAAAAUCAGGGAAAGUGGGUAUUGACCAGAUGGCUGGUGCUAAUGACAAAAAUCACAAACUUUACAAUUUGGUCGAUAUGCAUGGUGGAGGAGAAAUGAUACCAUGGAUGCGGUACGCCAUGAACAGCGGAGAUUUUUCCCUUAUUGAUGGUUACAUGGAAACAAAAGUUAAAGUACGUUUUUUGGAAUAUAUGUACUUGAGAUGAAGUUAUAAAAAGUGUUAUGCUUACUUGUCUAAUAACUAUACAUUUCUAGGAUAUGAUGUACAACGGUGGUAAGGGAAAGCUAGAAAGUGUAGCAGAAUUGGUGAAACGACGAAAUAAAGAACGGAAUGAAAGGCUUGGUGCAUUUAGUCGCAAAAAAGGCAAAGGAAAAAGUGGACCAAAUAUAUUGGACGAUUUUAAUCAAGAACAAAACCAAGGAGAUCUUAAAAAAGGUACGAAGAAAUUAAAAUUUUAGUUAUUCAAAAAAUAAUUUAAAACACACUUUUUGUAAGGCUCGAGCAGGGCUUGACCCCCUGUCGACACCAAAAUUUUUUUUGCUUCAAAUUGCUUCAAACCUUCACCAAUGGGUAUUAAGGUACUCAUAAAUCGUUUAAACAGAAAAUUUUUUUUCAAAGAUACAGUAGUCAGGUGUACUGUAACUUCACUACAAUUUUUAUAUCUCUGGAACGAAUAACGCUAGAACGAUGCGGUUUUUACUAUAAUGUAGAGCAUACAAAAUAAUGUUAAUUUGUAGUUUACACCAAGUUUCUAUUCUUCUUGGAAGUUAUUUUAAAAAAUGAAAAUGUAGCAAAAGUUACAGUAAUCCAAUCAUACCUCAAAACUGAAGCACCUAUGUAGUUCUUUUUUAUUAGAGAUUCUAAAACUGCAUUUUUUUGCGGUUCUAACGCACCUAAAAACGUUUCAAAAAAGUGUUGUUCUGGGGUGCAAAAGUGCAUUUGAAGUUUGCACAUUGCAAUUUUUUUUUUCAAAAAUUAAAAAAAAAAUUUUUUGACGUUGCAAAAAUGUAGAGCAUAAAAAACAACGUUACUUUGUACAUUACACCAAAUUUCUAUCUUGUCUACAAACAUUGCAUUUGAAGUUGGCACAUUGAAAAACUUUUUUUUUAAAAAAUUCAAAAAAAUUAUUUCGACUUUGCAAAAAUGUAAGACAUAAAAAAUAACGUUACUUUGUACGUUACACCAAAUUUCUAUUUUGUCUACAAAUAUUUAAAAAUUUUAGUUUUCAUAAAAGUUACAGUAACUGGAAAUAUUUCAAAAUAAAAGCACUUUGUUCGCUUAUUUUUAUUUGUUAUUAUUAAACUGAAUUUUUGUGCGGUUCGAGUGCACAUAAACACGAUGCACAAAAGUGUCGAAAUGGGGUGCAAAAGUGCAUUUGAAGUUGGCACACUGCAAAAAAUUUUUUUCAAAAACAAUAAAUUAUUCCCAAAACCCUUGAAAACUAUAAUUUGCUAAUUUUCUACAUUUUUGCAAAAUCGAAAAAAUUUUUUUUAAUUUUAAAAAAAAAUUUUUCAAUGUGCCAACUUCAAAUGCAAUGUUUGUAGACAAGAUAGAAAUUUGGUGUAAUGUACAAAGUAACGUUGUUUUUUAUGCUCUACAUUUUUGCAACGUCAAAAAAAUUUUUUUUUAAUUUUUAAAAAAAAAAUUGCAAUGUGCAAACUUCAAAUGCACUUUUGCACCCCAGAACAACACUUUUUUGAAACGUUUUUAGGUGCGUUAGAACCGCAAAAAAAUGCAGUUUUAGAAUCACCAAUAAAAAAGAACUACAUAGGUGCUUCAGUUUUGAGGUAUGAUUGGAUUACUGUAACUUUUGCUACAUUUUCAUUUUUUAAAAUAACUUCCAAGAAGAAUAGAAACUUGGUGUAAACUACAAAUUAACAUUAUUUUGUAUGCUCUACAUUAUAGUAAAAACCGCAUCGUUCUAGCGUUAUUCGUUCCAGAGAUAUAAAAAUUGUAGUGAAGUUACAGUACACCUGACUACUGUAUCUUUGAAAAAAAAUUUUCUGUUUAAACGAUUUAUGAGUACCUUAAUACCCAUUGGUGAAGGUUUGAAGCAAUUUGAAGCAAAAAAAAUUUUGGUGUCGACAGGGGUGCUCGACCCUUACAAAAAGGGUGUUUUAAGGCAUCGUUAAGUAUUUAUACCAUUCGUUUUUUAGCUUUGAAGCUGUUGGAUGGUGGUAAAGGCGGAAAAGGAGAUGCUAAAUACCGUGAAGUCGUCUGGAAACUUGAAGAAAGAGGUAAAAGUCAAUUCAACACCCUUCCAUAGUUCCCUCAAAUUAAAAAUUUACUAAAUUAGUGUGGUCUGCCUGUAAGAUUGGUACAGGUGGUUCCGUGUUAAUAAGAUUCAAAAAAAGUCAUCUUUCCGAUCUUGAGGGAAUCAUACAUAAAAUUAUUAUUUUUGUUAAAACGUUUUAGGUUCGAUGGGAGAGAAUCUAGUUGGCUGUUGUUUAAUGCAAGGCAGUAUAAUACAUACAAAGCUAGCUGUUUAUAUGUUAGAGCACUACCCAAAACUGGUAAACGAUGUUUUUAUAUCUGAGGAUUACUAUGGACUUUCACCAUUACAUCAAGCCAUCGUGAAUGAAGACCCGUGGAUGAUGUGUUUUUUGUUGAGAAAAGGUGCUGAUAUCAAUCAGAGAUGCUAUGGUGCACUGUUUUGUCCUGAGGACCAGAUUAGCAGUCGGACAGACUCGUUAGAGCAUGAAUAUGUUGAGAUCAAUGUAUCUAACAGUAACUAUGUUGGGUAUGUAGUUUUAUUUAAUUGUGAAGUGAAGCUACUCUUAUGAAAGUUAAAUUAUCAAAAUUUUUUAAGCAAAAUGUACUUUGGAGAGUACCCACUAGCGUUUGCGGCCAGCACCGGGCAGCAAGAUUGUUACCGAAUUUUGAGAGCAUGUAAAGCCGAUCCAAAUUCACAAGAUACAAAUGGAAACACCGUGUUACACAUGACGGUUAUUCACGAGAAUCUGGUAAGAUACACAAAGCAUUAUUAAAAAUUUAUGCAGCAAUUAAUAAAAACAAAGGCGCUCAUGCAAAAUCGUUCCCACAAAAUCGAAGAAUCGUUCCCCACUCAUAAAGUCAUAAUCGUUCCCCACGGUGAGAAUACAUAAAACUAUGCAAAUUUUUGCUUCACAUAUUUUUUCAUUUUCAUUAUGGCUUUUCAUUCUUUCUUUCUAUUUGGUCUUGGAUGGUCGAAAAAUGGAACACGGUGUAAGAGGAGCAAACAUAUACCACUGCUAUACAGAUCAUGAUAGACAACUCUCUUCUCCCACCGGCUUAUUCGUGCCAGCAAAGUUCGUCGAUUAUGAAGUUGUCAAAAAAGUCUAAACUGGCCGAUAAAUACAUGGUAAGUUAGUUGUUUAUAUUUAUCAUCUGUUGUUUUAGUGGAGAUGUCGACACGGAAGUACUGGUUGCUGAACCCGCUCUACUCGUCAUGGUACCUACUUUUCGAACUCUAACCUUUCGGUCUCGACACAGAUGGCGUACAAUGGGCUCAAGGAGCUUCACUACCGUUCCCCAAUGCUUUACUACCGUUCCCCAACGCUUUACUACCGUUCCCCAACGCUUUACUAUCAUUCCCCAACGCUUUACUAUUGUUCCUUAACCCUUUACUAUGUAUCUCUCCCCAACGCACCACCGCUCAAAUUUUAUUUCUUAAUUGAAGAUGUUAAAAUAUAAAAAUAAAUAAUUGGGGGAACGGUUAUGCACCGUUGGGAACUAUAAUGCACUGGGUAACGAUUCUUCAUUGGCCCCAAAACAAAGCUUAAAUAAUUUUUAUUCAACAGGAUAUGUUUCGAUUGGCGCACACCACCGGCGCCAAACUUCAAGUUCUAAACAAACAAAAAUUAACACCAUUGACGCUGGCAGCGAAGUUAGCUAAAAAACGAGUAUGUACUAAGUUAGACUGACAAUUAAUAAUUGUUUCAAUUAAAGAUAGGAUCAAUAGUGGAACAGAAUACUUUAGCUAGGAUAGGGAGUAGAAUCAUCUUUGCCAAACUAUACAGUAUCUAACUUUUUCAGAUGUUCGAACAGAUUUUACAACUAGAAAGUAGUGUGGUGUGGAACUACGGGGACGCAGCAAGUACAGCGUUUCCUUUAGCUAAAAUUGACACAAUAAAUCAAGAAACAGGCGAACUAAACGAAGAUUCCGCGUUGUCUUUAAUUGUAUAUGGUGUAAGUGUGACAUUUUUAGUUUUUACAAGUUCCGUGCUCUUUUGGCAGUAUAAGUAUAUACGUGACAUUCAUAGGAAAAUGUACAAAAAAUAUUAUUACAAUACAAAAAAAAUUGUUUUAGGAUUCCAAAGAACAUCUUGACCUUCUAGACGGUCUUCUGGAAGACGUCCUAGAAUCAAAAUGGAAAGCGUUUGGCAGAAGACGAUGGAUUGAGUCUCUCAUAGCAUUUACAAUAUACUAUAUAUUUUACUUCAUUGCUUUUAUGAGUCGUCCAUUCGAUGACAAUCGUGACCUUUCACCCGACAACACCACAUUACCUGCAGUGGUAGAUGAAACUGGACUUUUAGUACGAAUAACCAACAAGUUUGCCAACUUUUUCAGUCAAUGGGCCGACAACACGUGGAUGUCCAAGGAUAGUUGCCAUUUAUGGCAAUAUCGCGCAUACGGUAUUGAAGGUUAUGUAAGUGAUCAGAAGGAAAAAAUCUCUUCCGCGUUCAGAAAUCAUUUUAAUUUUAGCUAAUGUGAUUUGAUUAAAAAUUAACUUGCAUUUUAAAAUAUAAAUUUCAGGUGCGUAUGGUAUGUGAAUUUAUGGUCGCUAUUAUGGUACUGGCACAGUUAUUUUUGGAAAUACGGGACGUGCGAAAUAUAGGCCGUAAAAGAUGGUGGCAAGUAUUGGUAUGUAACAUUAUCACCACACUAUAUAAGCAACUAUUUAUUUCGAUUAAAACAGUAUAGUACAACAGAUGUUUUUCAGAAAUCUUUUCCAGCCAAGAUUUUGUACAAAAUAUCUCUACUGUUUACUUUAUUUGUUAUCCCGCUUCGGUUUAUGUGUGGCAUCGAUCCGAACUUUUUGGUUCUCGAUAAUUCAUUUUCAUUGUUAGCAGUCCUUAUGACUACAGUACAUUUUCUGUUCUAUUGUCGUGCAGUAAAAUUUGUUGGACCUUUUGUCUUGAUGGUGUACACCAUCAUCACAAGAGACAUGAUCCGAUUUUUCUUAAUCUACUUUAUCUUUCUACUCGGAUUUUCUCAAGGAUUUUAUGUCAUCUUCCUGGCUUGCGAAAGAGAAACUGAUGUUUUGUAUGGACGUAUGUUUCUAACUAAUUAUAAACUGUUUUAAAAACGGAAAGGUUACUGUGUAAAAACAAGUAGUUGAUAAGCUAAGUUAAGUUUUUGUCAUUUUUCAGCGACUACUGCCAAAAACCGCACAAACAUUCUUGACCAUCCGGCUGAAAGUAUGCUACGUUUAUUCAUUACGACUAUUGGCGAAUUUACUGUGUUUUACAGAGAGCUCAACAAUUGUGCGGCUAAAGAAAUGGCAGUGCUUGGAAAAGUUUUAUUCCUUAUUUUCGAAAUGUUUGUAAGUCUUAUGCAGUUUAACCUACUAAUUGCUAUGAUGACAAGAACGUACGAUUUAAUUUACCGUACCCAAAAAGAAUGGAAACGCCAAUGGGCUCAGGUUAUUCUAAUGUUAGAGUUGUCACUGCAACCAGCGGACCGAUUGAUGGCGCUACUCAAAUAUUCCAGACCGAUUGGAACUGAUAAACGUCGAAGAGCUUUUGUUGUCAAUCGUAAGGUCAGUAGGUUAAAGAAUUCCGAGUGAUGGCGUUAUAACACACGAAUUAUCACAGAAAAACUAUUGAUUAAAUGACCAAAACGUUUAUCUUUUUUUAGUUCAACGCUAUGAAUGAAACAGAACGAAUUUUAAAAGAAGCAAUGGAAAACGAAAAACGCCAAGAAAAGAAGCAACUUCUGAAACGACGCCUUAAGGGAUUUACAAAAGAAAAAGGAGAACGAAGUUCAAGCUCUGCAGGUCAUUUCAAUCUACAUCAACUGACAACAUUAUUGGCUCCUACACCAAUGCCUGGACAUUCCAGACACGAAGUAUAA